CCAGAUCAGAUGCAGUAAUACUACUUUGAGACCAGAUUAAUUGAUUAAUCCUAUCUCUGUCCUUUCAGGUUUUUCAGAACCGAGAAGGCAAUUGUGACCUUUCCAAACUCAGAAAGUGUUCCAAUAAGACAGAUGUAGAACCCAAGGAACCUCAGUUCAGUAAUUCUACAACACGAAGUUUGAAGUUUGCGGCAUUUUCGACAGUUGGGCUACAAAUUUCAUAUCUUUUAGGGUCGUUUGGCCCAGCCUAGCUUUCUUCGCUGUUUUGAAUGCGUUUAAAUGGUAAUUAUGUUGCCAUCGUUGGAAAGCUACUGUGUCAAGUCAUUGCCACAAAACAUUUUUUACAUGCCAGAUUUUAUAAGUGAAGAGGAAGAAACAGAUCUAUUGAAAAAUAUUUAUGCCUCACCAUUACCAAAAUGGGUUACCUUACGUGAUCGGCGAUUACAAAACUGGGGUGGCCUUCCUCAUCCUAAGGGCAUGUUAUCUGAGAAGAUUCCACAGUGGUUACAGAAGUACAUAGAUAGAGUUUCAGCACUAAGUUUAUUCGAUACAAAGAAAGCAAAUCAUGCGUUAGUUAAUGAAUACGAGUGUGGACAGGGUAUAUUUCCUCAUCAUGAUGGACCGCUCUACUAUCCUGUUGUUGCUACAAUCAACCUGAAUUCCUAUGGUAUCCUAGACUUUUAUGAACCAUUGGAUAAAGCUACCGACCCACAAAUGCAGUCAACCCAAUUGAAUGAUCGUUAUAUUGGUUCAGUGUAUCUGGAACCGCGUAGUUUGAAUAUUGUCACUGAAAAGCUAUAUACAUAUUAUAUGCAUGGUAUUGCCCAGCGUGAAACUGAUUUACUAAUCCAUCCUGAAGAUAAGCAAAUACUCUCUGAAAAGUUGAUGGAUAAUGCUGCUGUUAUUCACAAUUGGUCGCUUAACAAUUUAGGUGAUAUUCAACGAAAAUUACACCAUCGUGGUAAACGUGUUUCAAUAACUAUACGUUAUGUGCCUAAUGUGAGUAAGGUCAACUUAAGUACCUUGUUGUUAAGGCGAUAGACUGUAAAUGAUCCUAGAAACUAAUACAACCGGUAUUAAUGUUUUGCCAUAUUUGAUCUUUAGUUCUGUCUAAUAGAUUUUCUAUGCAUAAAAAUAAACGUUUUGAACAGUGAAGUUUGUUGCAUUUAAUAAAUCCGAGUCUUUUUAUAGGA